UUAUCAUAAUAAUGAGCAACGUUCCCUAAUCACAUCAUCCACCAUAAGUUCCAUAAUAAGGUGCCCCAUACUAACCUUAAUAAUUCUAACCUGGAUUUGCUCCAUAAUAUGCUCCAGCUCCAGUUAGUUAUGGUCCACCUCUCACAUCUUCACCAUUGAGAUAUUCUCAACCUCUUUAUUAACCAUAAGUUGUAGCAUAACCAGUAUAUGCACCACAACCUGUUGUUUAAUAACCUGUUUAUACUCAACCAGUUGUUUAACAACCAGUAUAUACACAACCUGUUGUUUAACAACCUGUUGUUACAUAAUCUGUUGUUGCUUAACCAGUUGUUGCAGCUUAACCAACAAUCAAAGGAGAAAGCAGAAUCGAGUAUGUACCAUAUGAAAAAACUGUUUUGGAAUAUGAAGAAGUCAGACAAAGAAUUUAAGUUCCAAGAGAAAAAUAUGUAACUGAUUAUUAUGCAGUGGAAUACUAAACAGAAUAUGUUCCAUAAGUAUUCUAAGAAAAAUAUACAGGUAUUAGAUAUAUAUCAUUAUAUUUAGAAUAUGUACCAGUUGAUAGAUAUUAAGAAAGAGUAGAAUAUUAUCCAGUUGAAAGAUAAGUUGUUCAUUAAUAAGUCUAACAAGUCUAAUAAGUUGUAGCUUAACCAGUUGUUUAAUAACCUGUCUAAGUUGUCUAAUAACCUGUUUAAGUCGUUUAACAACCAGUUUAGGUCGUUUAACAACCAGUACAAGUUGUCUAACAACCUGUCUCUGUUGUAUAAUAACCUGUUGUUUAAUAACCUAUGGUUUAAUCAAUCCCAGUCUAAACUGUUCGUCCACCUGUUUAUGCCCAAGGAUCAUUACCAUUAGCUUAAACUGUUUCACCAAGAUUACCUCCUUAAGCAUAAGUAUCAAUUAUCUUAUAUUAUUUUAGACUAAACCUUAGGGUUAAUAACCAUAACCUAAAUAAACAUAGCCACAAUAAUAAUAGAAACCAAAGAGCUUUUUAGACAGAUUAUUCGACAGAGAUUGAUAUGGAAUAUUUUAUUAAAAUACAUAUAUCG